AAUUUAAGAAAAACAACACAAAAGGCAAGAAAAAAACCAAAAAGUGUUAAUAUUAUAAAAACGCGCGUAUUUUUACAAUUUUAUUAAUUUAACAAUAUUCUAAGUGCUUAAAUUUAAUCGUAACACAUGCAUUAAAUGUUUUACAAGUGAAUUUAACAUAAAAUAUCCUUUAAAAAACAAGUGAUUAAUGUCAGCGAAUAUAUUUGGCCAAAGUAAAAUUUUCUACCUUACGGGAGGUUCUUGUACACGAGCGAUUAUUUUUGCUGAUAUUUUUUAAUGCCGCAAAUGUGAAUUUUGAUGUUUUAACAAAAAAUAAAAACAAGUAUUUUAAUUCAUAGAAAUAUUAUAAAGAAAGAAAAAACACUGACGUGAAAUAAAGAAUUUAACAAACAAAUUAUGGCUUCUGUUAAAGCAACAGAAGAUUUUGAUGUUGAUUUAUUUGAAACCCGGUUGGAAUCUCUUAAAGAUACCCAAGAAGGUAUACAGCAAAUGUCAACAUGGUGUUUGGCACAACGUGGUCAUCAUAAAAAAAUAGUUGGUUCUUGGUUGAACGUAUUCAAAAGAGUACGCGUUGAACACCGCCUGGUGUUAUUUUACUUAGCGAACGAUGUCAUACAAUAUAGUAAAAGAAAACGUUAUGAUUUUGUUGAAAGUUGGGCUACAGCUUUACAAAAAGCCACUACAAUGGUCAGAGAUGAAAAAGUCAAAAAUAAAAUUCUACGCAUCUUCAGUAUUUGGGAACAACGUGAGAUAUACAAUGAAGAAUUUCUAACAGAUCUAUGUGGUCUAUUAAAUAUAGCGCCACCGAAAAAAUCUCACACACCAGCCGUUGAUUCGGAUGAUUUUCAAAAUGCCAACCUAAUAACUAGUAUACGAGAGUGUGUUGAACUAUCGGAAACGACUGAUAAAAGUUUUAAAAAAUUGCCAAAAACACCAAAUUGUGAUAUAGAAAGUAUUAAGCAACAAAUGAAAGAUAAAGCACAUUCGGAUGAUGUUGAGAAGGAAAUCGAACGUUAUGUUACAUACAUUGGGGCAUUUACAAAAAAUCUACAGGCCGAGAUAAAGUGUCGCAAAGCGGUGGUGAACAAUGUAGAUACGGCGAUUAAGUUUUAUGCCAAUCAAAGGGGCGAAGUUAAAGUUGUAGUUAGUGCUUAUAAGAAUUUUGGCAGCCGCAUUAAGUUGGUUAAAAAGAAAUUAGAUGAAAUUGCGCCCACAUUGCCUAGUCCUAUACCUUCACCGGAUAUAAAUGCACCAUCACCGGAACCAGAUACUGACUUGCAAUUACCUGAUGAUUCACCGCUUACAAUGAAUUUUUUGAAAACCAACUUCAAUGGCUACUCAAGUUAUAUGGAUGGCAAUUUACCCUUUGAUAUCAAUGACUUCAAACGAGAUGAAAAUGCAAAAUCCUCAAGUCAACCGAUAGAAGUAAUCGGUUCCAGAUCAGAUGAUGAAAGUUAUAAUCCUAGUGCUGAAUAUUACAAACCUGAAUCAAUAAGUGCAUAUCCGGGCACAAAUAACAUGUCUAUACCGGGCUUAGCACCUAUGCCGGUACCUUCAGUGCCUACAGGUGGCUAUACAUCUCUGGCGAGAGCUUCGCAUCAAUAUGGAGAUAUUCUACCACCACCUCCCAAUCCUCCAAUGUUUGGUGGCCCAGCUAAUUCUCUAUCAAAUAAUUUACAUCACAAUAUGAAUUCUGGUUACAGUGCCCACAAUCCAAGGACGUACAAUACUGACAACGCAUAUAAUCCAAAUGUGUACAAUCGCCGCCCGGUGGGUGCAGCACCUGUUCAACCUUUAAUGCCUCCACCGCCUAUGCCACCCUCUGUGGGCUCCAUUGAUUCGACGGAGAGCACCGACUUCAAUUCUACCUGGGAUAUGAAUAUGUCUUGGACAAAUCCUUUGGAUAGUAGUAAUGUUUCGACUUCGUCCUAUAGUCAUACACCAAUUGAUACACCUCAUUCACCGCCUCACUUCGAUUCAGAUGCACACAAUUCAAAUUCAACAACUCUAGAAUAUUCCGAUCAUGAUGGCACCAUGUCAACAGCUCAAGAUGUAGAUCAUCGUCAGCUGAUUUUACCAGCAUUUGGUAUUGGUACUAAAUUAGGCUUAAGCAAAGAAAAAUCCCGUCAAUUGGAUAUAGACCAUAGAAAUCUAAUAUCACUAACUGGUUCGCCGGGAGCAAGUGAAAAUGACAAGAAAUCUUGGUAUCUGGAAACAAAUGAGUUAUCUGGUGAUGUUGAUUAUCGUACUUUUGGUCAAAAUAUUAAAACCAUAGAAACUACAAACUCGUUACCAUUUUUAAAUGAUAAUUCUUCGGUAUCAUCUAAUGACACAACAGGAAAUAUCACUUCAUCUAUCACUUCACCUCAGAAAAAUAACAGUCCUUCAAAAGAAUCUCACAAGGAUGAUUCUUAUUUAGAGAACACAGACGGAGGUAUGGCUGGUUAUGAUCCAACAGAUAUGGUUGUUGAUAUGGACAUGUCUGACGAUGAUCUUGAUGAUAUCUUUAGAGAGGUAAAUGAACAAAUUGAAGAAAACAAUGCCGAUAUCCAGUCUACAAAUGAUGAAGAUAAUGCCACACAACAAAUGGAUAAAGCGGAUGGUCAACCACCCGUACAGAGGCCACCUCUACUAGAGACACCUACAGAAUAUGAACAUCAGAACAGUUGGGAUGCAGCGGCUCAAAUGGGGCAAAUGUCCGAACAAGAUUGGAAUCAAAUGCCGCCUAUGCCUUGGCAAGAUAAUAACCGUAUGGGAGGCGGAGGUGGUCCUGGAGUACCACCACCACCUCCUCGGCCCCCUUACCCCAUGCAAUUCUAUGGCGCUGGUCCAGCUAAUGAUAAUGGUUCGUUUAGGCCACCAAACGGUAGUGUGAUGGGAGAACGUGGUGGAUUUGGCGGACGUGGUGGUGGCCGCGGUUGGAUGAAUUCACCCCAAAAUCAAUUUCGUAAUUUCCCUAGACCUCCCAGAGGAGGAGGAGGUGGAUCGCCUUACUUUAAUCGUGGCGGCGGACGAGGUGGCCCUGGUGGCAUGCGUGGUGGUCCAGGUUUUCGUGGUAAAUUUCGUGGAAAAAAUAAUUGGAUUUAAAAAUUCAACAAUUAUAAAUAUAAAAAGUUAGUUUUAAAUGUUCUUUACAUAUUUUAAAAUAUUAACAAAUGAGUUGUUAAAAUAAAAACCAAACAAAAAAUAUAUAACUGAAUUCAACUGUACAUAUUAAUUAAAACAGAAAUUUUAUUAAAACAAAAAAAA